CUCUAUUUAAGCUAGGCGCGAUUCUACACAUAUACAGAGUCCCGAUUCUGUCACAGUUUAGUAUUUGAGUACUUGGGUGGUCGGUGUUUCCAAGGUCUCGUCGUCAUAGCUCCACAACGUUGAGCGUCGGACAACGAGUUAACUCCGGCGAGUAAGCUGCCUCUAGCCAGAUGCCAUUGGGUUUUCUCACAAGGUGGGCUUUUCCCUUUGACAUUUUAAGACAACGUGCCGCUCAAAAAUAGGCCACUUUCAGCUAUCGUUUAUUUUUGCCAUUUUGACAAGACGUUAACGGAUUGAGUCGCCAAAAUGAGAGCCCUUAUUCUGAAUACCAGCGACAAGUCUACGACUGUUCAGCAGGCACCUGACCCGAAACCAGGACCGAAGGAGAUUCUCGUUCGUGUGCGCGCUGUAGCGCUGAACCAUGUCGACUACAUGAAUACUGUCAAUCCCCUUGCCGCCCAAGAAAAGCGUGUAAUCGGAUCCGAUUUCGCAGGAGAGGUGGUUCAGGUCGGGGAUGAUCUGGCUAACCUUGAAGACCCGCGAACAAAAAUUGGAUCGCGCAUUGCGGGAUUUCUACAGGGUGCCAGCUCAGUCAAUGACCGCCCAGGUGCAUUCGCCGAGUAUCUGGUCGUGGAUUACGAUCUUACCUGGCACAUACCUGACGGAAUCGCCUUCGAAGAAGCCGCAGGCGUUAGCUUAUGCGGUGUCACUGCCGCGCAGGGUGUCUUUCAGCGGUUACAACUGCCAAGCCCGUUCUCAACGACAGAAGGCUUUUCCAGCGAAGAUGAACCUAUUAAUGUGUUUAUCUACGGUGCGUCGUCAUCUGUCGGCUUCUACGCGGCACAACUUGUCAGACAAUCUGAGAAGGUAUCUGGUAAGAAGAUACGACUUAUCGGUGCAGCAAGCCCAUCGAAGCAUGCUCUCUUAUACAAUUCACCAUGCUCAUAUGACUCCUUGGUUGAUUAUCGGGAUUCUCAAUGGCCAGAGGCCGUUCGCAAAGCAGGUGGAGGCGAGGGAGUUCAUUAUGCCAUAGACGCUAUUUCCCAAGGCAUAGCAGUCGAGCAAACUGCCAGUAUUAUCAGGCCCGGUGGAAAGUUCGCCAUCUUUCGGGCUCCAGCAGCCGGCGGGUUUGAUAUAACAAAACUCAAGACUAAGCCUGUCUUUGGCGCAGUCUGGGAAGCUCUUGGAGUAGAAGUGAUAUAUCAUGGUGGUAUAACCAUCCCUGCUAAUGCUGAAGCACGAGCGUUUGCUGCCGCAUUCUACCAGUAUCUUGGCUCGGGAGUUGGGACGGCACAGAUCAAGCUGCAUCCAAGCCCUGUGCGGGUAAUGCCUGGAGGACUUGAAAAAAUCCCUACCGAUGGAUUUGCACUUCUCAGUGGUAGCUUCAAACGGGACAGUGAAGGCCAGAAAGAUCAUGAUGAUCAUCUUAGGCCAAUUAGUGGAGAGAAGAUUGUUUACAAGCUGGUUUAAUAGUUAAACUACAUUUUUCAAUCACCCUUCCUAUUACAAUUUAAUUUGAUAUCCAUGUCGGUGUUACCUGAAGGCAUAAUUGGAGCAGAAACCUCCUUA